AUGUCAUACUCAGUUAAGGGUCGUUUCGCCGUCGUUACCGGCGGUGGCUCGGGUAUUGGACAUGCCACCGUUAAAAUGUUGCUCGAAGCGGGCUGUUCCGUAGUCGUCGCCGAUCUUCGUCUCCGCCCUGAAGCUGAAGCAACGAUGUCUCAACACCCCCAUCCUUCAUCGGACCCUUCGAAACCAUCAGCUAUUUUCUGUCCAACAGAUAUCUCAGACUGGACCCAAAUCUCCUCCCUCUGGGCAACCGCCCUCGAAACCUUCCCUCGAAUUGACAUCGUGGUCAGCUGCGCAGGUGUCUACGAACCUCCAUCCAGCUCCUUCUGGAACCCACCCGGCAUAUCUCCCCUCGCAGAAGACCCCGAGGAUGCAAAAGUUGGCCAGUACAAGAGCUUUGCCAUCAACACCAUUGGGCCGAUAAGACUGUCCCAGAUUGCUAUUGAUUACUGGCAGCAGAAUCCAGAUGUACAAGGAAACCUGCUAUUUGUGGCUAGUAUGGGUGGCUAUAUGCAUUCUAUGCAAACGCCCUUGUACUUCGCUAGCAAAGCUGCGCUUGUUAGUAUGGUGAAGAGUUUGGGCGGAUUAAAAACGGCUCUGGGCAUUCGUAACGCGGCUGUUUGUCCUGGAGCAGUAUUCACACCCAUCUUUGAGCAGGACUAUUGCCGUGAUCGACUUCAACCGGGUGACAUAGCGUUGGAGCCAGAAGAUGUUGCUGAACUUGUGAUGCGAGUACUUCAAAAGCCACAGUACGGUAAUGGAAAUAUCAUGGAGAUCUUGAUGGUUGGGAGUAAGGAAGAGCAGUCGGUUAAUGUGCGCGAGAUAACACUUGAAGCGUUGUACCCUACUGUGAGUCCAUUAGGUGCGGGAACGAGAGCUAUGACUGAAGAGCUCAAAUUCUUUGAGAAAGUCAAGGAGAAAGGUAUGAGAUCUAACAGCUAG